UCUCAUAAAUAUCUUUCAUCUCCUCUCACACACACUCCACUAAAAAAGAAGAUUACCAAAAAUGAUCCUGAGAAGCGCGUCGUCACUGGACCUUAACAUACGCGCUGCCCAAAAAUCCCCAGCUCCACGGUGUGCAAACGGAGCUCGCGUGGCAACGACGGCUUGUCCCGUCUCCGCUUCUCGCCGAGGAUGUAAGUCGAUGCCCAGAGCUUCUUCAGAUGGAAACCUCCACGAGAAGAGAGCGGUUCAGAGCAGAACCAAAACGUCCAGCGUCUACUACGACGACGCGUCGUCUUCCAGGGUCUUGGAGAGAUCAAGGCUCCACCAGGGAGGUUCUAACGGUGGAUUUGGCGGUAGAGGUGGUGACGGUGGUGCCGGAGGUGACGGCGGAGGCGGAGGUGGAGGUGGGAGCGUUGAUGGUUACUACGAAGAGAUGAUCCAACGUUAUCCUGGCGACGCUCUUCUUCUCGCUAACUACGCGCGUUUCCUCAAAGAGGUGAAGGGUGAUGAGAGAAAAGCAGAGGAGUACUGUGAAAGAGCGAUGUUGUCUGAGGAUGGGAGAGAUGGUGAGAUGCUGUCUAUGUAUGGGGACUUGAUAUGGAAAAAUCACGGAGAUGGUGUUCGUGCCCAGUCUUACUUUGAUCAAGCUGUUCAAUCCUCUCCUGAUGACUGGUGAGUCAUGUUCUUGCCUCAUAUGCUCGGUUUCUAUGGGAUACUGAAGAAGAGGAAGAGGAGGAAGAGGAAGGGGAGGAAGAAAGUAAAUAUGAGAAUGGUUUCUCUACCUAUAACCCAUCUGUGUCAGUUAUGUCCUGACCCUUGCUGCUGAUUUUAAACCGGUGUAAUAUAUAUAAUAACAAUUUGAAGUCCGGUUUAAUCAUAAAAUAUCUUGUGCACAUUGAGGUAGACGAUAUGCUUAUGUGUUGGAAGAGACGAACCAAUUAUCAAAACUCCAAAGAUGCAUUAUUGUGACGGAAGUGUGAUAUUUCAAAGAAGAUAAAAGUGGUUUGUGUCCAUAGGCUUAGAGCUAAAAAGGUGUGAAUUGGGAUUGGUCAUGGGCUCUAGAUAGAAUCAAUUAUUGGUUGUCAAAAAUAAAAUCAAUUAUUGAUCA